AAUAAAUUAAUGAAGAAGCGCCAGGAAAAAACAACAGAAAAAAAAGCCCUAGAUGGAGACGACGGUGGGGAAGCGUGCAACCGGCGACGCAAAUUUCAGCGAUCCGGAAGUGGUUUAUCCAGAAGACAAGAAAUUGAAGAAAGUUGACGACCCUUUUAGUACAGAACCAUCAGUAACUCAGUCUGAGUCUGAGUUAAAGGCCGAGUCUGAUUCUGAGUUAAAGGCCGAGUCUGAUUCUGAGUUAAAGCCUGAGUCCGAAUUCCAGAAGUUUUACAGACAAAAGAGAGAAAGCUAUGGCUUUGAUGUUGAUGUCAAUCCUUUUAAAGAUGAUGAUUAUUUCUGUUAUUUUGCUGCUUUCAAUGACCCCUAUGCAGUGCCUUUUCGGGGUAAGGAAUGUACAGAACUUGCAAUGGAGGCCGUGGAGUAUCACAACCUUAACAAAAAGGCAGAGAAUGCAAAUCUAGAAUUUGUUAAGCUUGUAAAGUUUUGCCAUGAAUAUAUGCGACAUCCCUAUGAAAUGUAUUACAUAACAUUCGAUGCCAAAUAUGUCGUUGAUGGUUCUGUUCAGACUUGUCAAGCAAAGGUUCUGUGCGACUCUACAGAUGAAAACACCUUGUCCAGAUUUAGGUUUACACCUAAAGUGAUAAUGUUUAAAAAGAAGGGGGAGAUGGAUUUUAUUGGCCUAGAUCCUGAGCUCGAUGGAAUACCUGACUGUGAUUGUGGAGGAAGCAGUCCAUGCAACUGUUGAUUUUGAGCUUUACAUUGAUUUUUGUUAUAGGCUUGAGAGCUUGGUAUGUUAGUUCUUCCGUUUAAUAUUGCCCAUUUGCAAGCUUUCUUUUUAUUGUAAAUUCUGUUUGAUAAUAACUAUUUUUUUACAAGCAUCUCUUUCUUUGUUGGGCAUGGCAAUUUAGCUUUUGUUUUGCUUGUUCUUGACUGGCCAGUCCAUUUUAUUUGGGCAUUACCUUGACCUUUGAUGCUAUAUUCCUUAUUAGAUUUUGUUUAAUCUUUCACAUUACAUAAAUUCUUCUCCUUUUG